UAGAUUUGACAUCUCUGGGUAUACUUCGAUCUGUCUAUUUUUCUGUCAAAAAAUAUCAAAAUAAUAUUAUUUUGAUUCGCUGUUAAUGGAGAUUUAUAAGUGUUUUCAGUUAAAAUGACAACGAAUACACGUAAAGGUCCUAUUGUGGACCCUGGUUUGUGUAGAUGUUGUGGUGCUAUGAAGAAAUGCCGACUUCUGAAUGUGGAAUAUGAGUGGCUCGGUACAAGAGAAGUUUAUUCCGAUAUGUUUGUUGACUGUUUCGGUUUACUUCUAUCCCACUUGGAGGGCGAGGAGGCGGAGCGCCUGAUCUGCGCGACGUGCGUGGUGCGGCUGCGGGACGCGCGCGCCUUCCGACAGCAGGUGCUGCAGCGCGAGGAAAUACUGCUCAAUGCUAAUAUCAAAGUUCAUGAUGAAGAAGACUGCUGCACCAACACCCACAUAUUCAAGAGUGAGUUGGAAGUCAAAGUGGAACCAGAAGACAUGUGUACUCCAAUUGAAGAACCUGUUCAGACGGAUGACCAGAACCUGACCAUAGGUGAUGGAAACCAAUCACUGGAUGUUAAUGUGGAUGAUGGGAAUGAAGCCCAGGAUCUGGAUGGUGACAUGGACGAUACAUAUCAACCGGAUGAGGAGACUGAAGCAGACAACGCGAGCGAUACAUCAAUUAAAAUUAAAAUAAAAAAAUCUCCAAAAAAGAAGAAAUUAAAAACUAAAACGAAGACUGCUAAACGAAAGAAGACGGAAACUGAAUGUAGACAGGUCAAGUUGAGGAGUAGGAAUGUUGAUGUACAGGAUACAGGCCCAAAACCGCUAUCUCCGCCAGCAAAGAGGAAUAUAGAUAACGAACAAAAAAUCCUUUUUAACACAAUUACUAUAGUAGAGAAUUCGUACGUUUGUCCGUUCAACUCAUCAUUUAGUGAUUAUUUCUGUAUCUACUGCCGACAAGGACAUACAGACCCCAACCGACUGAGAGAGCACACUCUCACACACGAUCCAAAAACAUUCAAAGACAUAGUUUCAAUAAAAAAACAAAUCCAAAUCGAUAUAUUCCGAAUCGAUUGUCGACUCUGCUCCAUCACAAUCGAUGAUCUACAAUCGUUUAAAACGCACAUCCUUAGCGCUCACGGCAUAACCCUAUUUGACGUUUCGAAUGAAUUCUUGAAAUUUCGUUUGACUAUCAACAAUUUGACUUGUAUAGAAUGCGAUAGUAAUUUCGGUUUUUUUCACGCAUUAAAAAAACAUAUGGCCGAACAUUUUGGUACGUGUAUAUGUGAUAUAUGUGGCGCGCAUUAUUUCGAAGAACGCAUGUUGAUUUUGCAUCAGAAAACUCAUAAAAAGGUGGACUUAUGUUUCCCUUGUAAGGAUUGCGGUAAAGUCUUUAAGUCUAAACACAGUCGCUAUUUACACGAAGCUAAAAUGCAUAGGAAGGAACCUGCGUAUCAGUGUUACAAAUGUGAUUCUGUUUUCUUCACCUAUUCCCUUAGAUACCGACAUAUGAUAGAUUCGCAUGGUGAGGAGAGAAUGUUCCCAUGUGAUCACUGUGAUCGGGCUUACGAUAGCCGGAAAUCUUUGAGGGAACAUAAUAGGCGACAUCAUUUAAAAGUCUUAAAACAUCAAUGUGAUUUGUGUGACAAGAGGUUUUACCUCCCUUCAAGGUUAAAAGAACAUAUGGCCACUCAUACAGGGGAAAGGAAUUUUCGAUGUGAAUUCUGCGGUAAGUCCUAUCCUAGACUAAGGGGGUUAAAUGUACACAUACAAUCGCAUGUUAGCUUCAAAAAGUUCAACUGUUUGAUAUGUAAUGCUACUUUUACGCAGAAUUUUAAUUUGAGAAAUCAUAUGAAGCGGCAGCAUCAGAGUUUAAGCUUGGAAGAGGGGAAUGAGUAGGUUUUGUUGGCUCUGUCUAAAAUUUGGUGUGUGAGUG